GAUUGGUUGCGCACCAGUGAGGGUUUUUCGUGAGAGCGCGUUUGUGAAAAACUCAUUCCUUAGCAUCCUUAAUUGUAGUACUAAUUAGCUUGAGUUCGCACCAAGACACGCCGUCACCUCUAGGUCUGUACAACGAAAAAAAAAACGAUAGAUUUCCAUCAACGAAGAUUUCUUUGCCAAUUCCCUCUCACCUGCCAUGCUACGUGGAACACUGGUGCGCCAUGCGCAGCUCUUCAAGCUCACGCAGCGGCGGCUGCAGAUGGGCACCUUCACGGCCUGCCCCUACCACCGCGCCAAGGAAGGCGGCACCUCCACCGUGAUGGCAGAGGAGGUCGUGGAGCACUGCCCUGUUGUCGGCACCACCCCGCACAUGAGCUGCCCGGUGGAGCACGAGCUGUUCACCCGCAAAGCGCCCACCCUCAUGGCGAUGACGUCGACGAUGGGCAAGACGCAGCUGUCCGCCUACGUCGCCGCGACGGCCCUGGCUGGGUACGUGAUUGCGGGUGGCAUGAACCCUUUUAUAGCCGCUGCGGUGACCGCGGGAACGAUGCUGCAGUCGUGCUCUGCCAACACGGCGAACCAGAUUAUCGAGGCACCGUACGACAAGCUGAUGAAGCGCACGUGCCGCCGCCCGCUGCCCAUGAAGAUGAUCACACCGCAACUCGCCUCUGCCAUCUCCGGCACGGAGCUGGUGCUGGGCACUGGUCUGUUGUACUUUGUCAGUCCCCCCGCUGCGGCCAUCGGCGUGUUUAACUGGUUUCUCUACGUCGGCAUGUACACCCCUCUGAAGCGUGUCUCGGCCCUCAACACGUGGUUUGGGUCCAUCGUGGGCGGUGUGCCGCCGCUGAUGGGCGGCGUGGCCGUGUCGGGCGUCAUCGCUCCGCCGGUGUGGCUGCUGGCGUCGUUUCUCUUUGUCUGGCAGAUUCCGCACUUUAACGGGCUCGCCUUCCACUGCCGUCGCGACUACGAGGCGGCGGGUUAUAAAAUGCUUGCUUUCUACAACCCCUGGCGGGCCUCGUUUUACGCGGUGGCGCUGUCCGUCGUGAUGGCCUUCCUGACCUUGGUGUGCCCCACGUUAGCCGGGAUGGAGAUCGAGGGGCUUUGGUACUACCCCAUGACGGCCGCGGCAAACGCGGUGAUGAUUUAUAAGUCCCUCCUCUUCCACCGCGAGCCGCAGCGGCACUGCCGUGGAUGCUUUGUCUUCUCGUACGUGUACCUUAGCAUUGUGUUGGCGGCCCUCAUGCUGAAUCACUUCCAGCCGAUGCACGUGACGCAGCAUGCGGUGGAGUACGUUACCGCAGAGCUCGCUGGGGUGUCGAAGGCGUCCGCGAUGUCGAAGACCGGCGUGGCAUCUGCAGAGGCGUAAGAAGCGGGUGCGUCUCUUCUUCUUUCUUUCGUUUUCUCCUUCCUUUCUCGGACGCGUUGUGCACGAGAGGGCACCUUCCUUUGCUUUUCGCUGUUGUAGCGCGUGUUUGGUUUUAUACCAAAGAAAAGCUACACCGCAAAAAAUCUGGUGGUGGUGUGGGCGGACGCAACUUCUCUGCGCCUCUCUUCUCCAUCCUGGCAGGAGAGAGCGGUGAGAAGAUGCGGAUGCGACGACAAAGGAGGAGGGUAAAAUAAAGACAGAGUCGCACCAACGAUGGUGGCUUCAAGGAGACAUAUGACUUCAGUUAACUUAGUCAACUUAAUGGGCGCGAGUGUCUGUAUUCCAUGUGCAUGUCUGUGUGUGAGUGCGUGUGUGAAAGAGGCAUGCCGGCAGACGCGGCACGGCGCGUGUUAAAUUCAUAUUCAUGAAACGUAGGAUAAUUUCACUUAUUUUAGGUUUUCCCUUUUCGUUCUUUUUUAUAUUUCUGCUCAGGAUGAAAGGACACGGUGAAGUACGCUCUUAAAACACAAAGAAAACAUGAGGGGACUGUGUGUGCGCUCUUUUCUUCCCUUUUAAUUCUUCCUGCACGCUCUUCUCGACGGCGGCGUUGUCGAGAUAUAUUCUUCAAAAUACGCGCCAUCGCUUUUCCCCACCACCGCGUGCUCGUCCUUCCACUUUCGUCGCUUUGCCGUGUUCGACGCGUUUUAUUUCUUUAGAUGUUUUUUUUUUGGAGGGGUUUAGGUUUGUAGCAACACCGAAUAGCGUGAUGGCACCGUUUGUUUUUGUGCCGCUUCUGCCGGCGCGUUCAGCGGAGCAGCAAUGGAGGGAUGGCGGUUGAUUGUGUGGUGUGUGUAGAAUCGGGAUCAGCUGUGGUACGCAAGAAGAACGAGUAGUAGCGGCGGUUGUUCUCUCGUGAAACGCACGGUGGCGGUCCGUUUCGAACACCUCCUCUUUGCUUCCCUUCUGCGUGGCGGCGAGUCAAAGGCGACGUGCAGGGGUAACGCACGUUCACGCAUUUCUUCUCAACUCCGUGUUUUUCCUCUCCGCCUCUUCGCAUUCGGUGUAUUCUAGUAGGAUAGUUUUACCUCUGGUUGUUGGUAUGGGAUCGUCAUCCAACACAAAAGUGAUUGCUGCUGCUGCAGAGCAGCAUUCGCUCUCAUUUCCUUACCUUUCUUUUUUUUCUUGAUCUCGUCCCCCUUACGGUAUUUUUCUUGAUCUUCAGUGUUCACAGACAGUAGUUUGCGUUCGAUGUUGGGGAAGGCGGAGGAGAUGCGGGCCUGUGGCCAAUACGAUAUUGCCAAAUUCACUUCCAACAGAGGCACAUCAAUAAAGAGAAGAGGUAGAAGCGACAUCAUCGGGGUGCUUCCCCGGGGCGGUGCCGAGUUAAACUGAAGCAGGUGCUCGAUUUUUGUUUUUCCUGGUUUCUCUUAUUUCUAUGUUAUCUUUAUUACAAACACACAUCAAC